AUGGCCUCAGCCGGUCUCAAUUUGGGCGAAAAAUCGGAGGAUAGCCCGGAAGCGCAGGACGAUGUUCGCCUGCCCAAGGAGCAGCCACCCUCACCCUUCUUCGAAACGAAGACCUUCCGCCUGAUCUCGAUUUUCCUUUACCUGGGAGGGAUCAGUGGCCUGGGCAUGGUGCUGGCAUUGUAUUACCUCAUCUUCUUCGACUCCAGUAUGCCGGACAUCCACCUCAAGUUCCCCGUCUCCAUUGGCGGCCACCCAGUGCAGAAGGUGCACGAGUACCAGUGACCCACCCUAGCCUCCUCACAUGGCAGGUGGGUUGGAGGGCAGUCGGGCACUCUGCUGCUAAUUGGAUUUACGAAUGCUAGCAAAGAUAAAAUUGUGAUACCCGAAAAAAUUGCCAUUCGCCUCCUAAACUCAUCGGAAGUGACCGCGGAGCAGUUCUACAAGCACAUCCUCGAGCAGUACCGCAUCCUCAACCACAU